AUGACAGAAGAACUCAAGUCAGANGAGCAUUUACAUGCCAUGGCAGAAGAACUCAAGUCAGGGAAAAAAACCAGCGCGGUUUUAAACAACAGACCCGAGAUAAGAUCUCUUCUUCGGACGAUGCAGGCAGUAUCGGGAGACGCGACGUGGACAGACCACGGAAAGCACAGGGCGCGUACUACAGCACACUCCAUGUUUAUACUGUUCGGACAGCCUUUCUUCUGGAUGACGGUGAAUCCUUCAGACCUGAACAGUCCCUUCGUCAUGCAUUACGGAGGUCACAACAUCGACCUAUCGUCGACAUGCCAUGAACAGAUGCCAGACUUCAGAAAACGACUUGAUAUAAUCGUGAACGAUCCCGUGGCUUCAGCCAUUUUUUUUCACGAAACUAUCGAGGCGGUGCUGAAAUAUAUUCUGAGGUUUCAGGCUAACGAUGGCGAUGGUGGGGCGCUAGGCAACAUCAAAGCUUAUAUCGGCAUGACCGAAGAGCAGCAUCGUCUAAUGCUUCACGGUCAUCUCAUGGUAUGGGUGCAUGGGUUCACGAGCCGGGAACAGUUGCGACAAGACGUUGGGUACAGCCUGAAGAAGCACGCCGAACUAGCCAAGUGA